AUGGCGAAGCGAAAGACGGGGAGUAAGCCCCAACCUCCGAAAAAGCAAGACCUUCCAUCUCUACUAUCCACUCCCUGGACUUUCCUCCACCCCACCGAUGAAUUACAUGCCCUCAUCGCCGCAUCCACCAAGCAAAUCCUAGACCCACUCGCUGCUUCUGUCGUAGAGGAGCAAUUCAUUCGUCGACAGGCCAACAAGAAGCGUAAGCGAUCUGAUGAGGAUGCCACCCCACCGCUUCAACUGAAAAAUCUCUACGUGGAGGGAUUCACGUCCAAUCAGAUCUGGGAACAGGCGACAAGGAUUCUCGAGGCAGCUGGAAGUGAAGUUGAGAAGGAUAUCACCUUACUCGCCGAGCAUGAUGAAUUCUCAGAAUCUGAAAAUGAUGAUCAGUUGGAAUCGUUAGACUCUUCCGACCUUGAAGAGGGCCUGGAGCAAUCUGGAAGCGAGGAUGAGAGCAUGUUAGAUGAGGAUGCCUUGGAGGACGGAAGCGAGGAUGAGGAGGACGAUGAUAUGGAUAUGGAUAUGGAUAUGGAUGAGAUGUCUGACAUUGAAGACGGCGACUUAGACGAGGAGGACAUGGAGCCCAUUGAUGGGGAUUCAGCAGGAGAGGAGGAUGCAUCAAUAAAAUCCGACGAAGACCCCGGAGUUUACGUCGAGGAUCGUUUUGGACUGAACGAUGGUUUCUUCUCUAUUGAUGAAUUCAACAAGCAAACAGAAAUCUGGGAAAGACAAGAUGCCAACGGAGAACCAGUGAAUGCCGAUGACAGUGACGACGAUCUUGAUUGGCAUGCCGAUCCAUUUACAGCGGGAGCUUCUACUUCCGUGACUAAGAAAAAGCCAUCCAGCAAAGAGAAAGAGCUGGAUGGAAUGGAUUUCGAUGACAGUGAGGAGGAAGGACCAACAUUCGGAAACGCCGAUCUCUACGCAGACUCCGACUCCGAUGCAGGUGCGUCCGAUAUAGGUGAUGCGGAGGAGCCUACUGCCAUGAUGGAUACAAGUGAUAUCAAGUACGCCGACUUCUUCGCUCCGCCACCCCGCAAACCCUCAUCCAAGAAAGGUCGCGCCCUCCCAAAAACCCAGUUCACAGAACCCAUCGAAGAAGAUGAUGUCGACCGUGCGAUGGCCGAUGUACGACGCGACAUUUUCGAAGAUGAGUCUGAUAUUGAAGGGGAGGAAGGUCUGGUUGAUGAAUCCGGCGAGCCACAAGGACCUCAGUCCUCGCACGAGAAACAGCGAGCGCGCAUUGCAGACGAGAUCCGUCGCUUGGAGGCGGCCAGCGUUGCAAAGAAAGAAUGGAUGCUUGUUGGAGAGGCCCGAGCGAUUGAAAGACCUGUCAACUCCCUUAUUGAAGAAGAUCUAGACUUUGAGCGAGUUGGCAAGCCCGUUCCUGUCGUGACGAACGAGACCUCCGAGGAUAUCGAAGAGAUCAUUAAGCGUCGCAUUAUCGCUGCGGAGUUCGAUGAAGUGAUUCGUCGUCGUCCUGGCGCUGUCGACACCAAGUCCUCCAAACGUGCUCGAUUCGAACUUGACGACACCAAGGCCCAACAAAGCCUGGCAGAAAUGUACGAAGCCGAUCAUCUCCGUGCCAACGAUCCGAACUACGUCGAUACCAAGGAUCGCAAGCUGGCUCGUGAACAUGCCGAGAUCAACAACCUCUGGAAGGAGAUCAGCUCUCAACUGGAUACUCUAUCUAACUGGCAUUACAAGCCUCAAGCACCACAAGCAAACAUCAACGUGGUGACUGACGCGCCAACUAUCAUGAUGGAGGAUGCUCGCCCAAUGGCUGGUAGCGCGGCUGAUGGGCCCUCAGCACUUGCACCCCAGGAGGUCUACGCUCCAGGUGAUGAUGGCAAGGUUGCGGGUGAAGUUGUCCUCAAGAGUGGUGCUACUAUCUCCAAGGAGGAGAUGAGCCGAGAAGACAAGGCCCGGGCCCGACGCCAGAAGAAGAGUCAGAACAAGGGCCGCGAUGAGCCUACCGCUCGUAAGGGCAAGGCAGCCGAGAAGGAGCAGCUUGUAUCUGAUCUGAAGAAGGGAGGCGUGAGGGUUGUCAACAAGGAGGGACAAGUUACAGAUAUGGAUGGCGCGAGAGUUGGCGCAGAGAUCAAGAAAAGAGGCGAUGCUUUGAAGCUGUAA